GAGGUUGGAGUUGAAAGGUUGUGAGAGCGGUGUUUCAGAGAGCACAGCACAGCUAUUAGCCGCCCAGCUCUCAGCAUCAGUUUAUCUUCUAGUGUGUAACCAGAUUCAGACAUGUCGGCGGAACCAGAUGACGAGAAGACGACCAUGCCCUGCAUUUUAAUAACCAGCUGCGACUCUGGGUUUAAAGAAGAGGAACUAGUCAGACAGAUCUUGGGUACGUCAUCAUUACCAGAACCCACGAAAAGAGAGGAUGUAGUAGUUUGGUAUCCGUGGACAAUCAACAACAAAUAUUAUACUGCUGAUGUUAGUCUCUGUGUGGUACCGAGUACCUUCAACAUGAACGCAGAGGUUGCCCAGUCUAUGCAAGCUUUCAUUGUCUACUUUGAUAGUAAAACUAAAGAUGGUCUUAAUGGUAUCAGUCCAUGGCUGUCUGUGGUAGAGGACCUUGCUCCAGAGGUGCUUAUUCUAGUGUGUGACCGUGUGUGUGAAACUGGUGUGGACAGACAUGAUGCUCAGCAGUGGUGCUUAUCUCAUGCAUUUGAACUAGUGGAGCUCAACCCUCAGGAACUUCCAGAUGAGGAUGAUGACUUUCCUGAGUCCACAGGAGUAAAGAGGAUUGUUCAAGCCCUCAAUGCUAAUGUGUGGUCCAGUGUAGAGAUGAAAGAUGAGCACAGUCAAGGAUUUGGCCUGAUGAGCAGUUUGGUGGCCUCUCGUCACAAUAAUCCACGCCCCAUGCCAGAGACGCAGGCACCAUCAAACACAACAGAUGAGAACACAGAAGGCCAGAAGACAGAAAGCUGUCACCAAAGUGAAAGUGUAGUGGACUCAAUAGUGGACCCUAUGACUGACAUGGACAUUCAGGAGCUAGCCAACCUCACAGCUGGAGAUGCAGAUGUAGAGAAUUUUGAGAGGCUCUUCACCAAACUAAAGGAAAUGAAAGAUAAAGCUUCUUCAUUACCACAUGAGCAAAGGAAGGUGCAUGCAGAGAAGGUUGCCAAAGCAUUUUGGAUGGCAAUUGGUGGAGACCAGGACGAAAUUGAUGGUUUGUCUUCAGGGGAGGAGAGCUAAAGCUUGAACCUCCUCCCUCCCAGAUCCCAGUCUCUCCUCACACCAACUACCCAACUGUGUUGAGGGCAGGCUCACCUACCCAGCCUCAGGACCUAGUCUGUGGAAAUCAACAACACAUGAGGACAAGGGGAGGUGAUGGAGACAGAGAGGUUUAUCAAGACACUUGUUAUUUUCCUCUCAAAGCCCCCCUCAAAAACCUCAGUAACCCAGUGCAGAGCCAGUGUGUGCUGCUGCCUGUUAAACACUAUAGUCUAAGAUGGAAGAAAGAGGGUGUGAUGGGCAAGAGAUCAUUAAACACCUCCUUCGUAGAUUUACAGGUUCAUGCUUGGGACUCUCAUGGUUUGUAUAAAGUGAGCUGAUUAUUCUGAAACAGGUGGCAUUCUAUGGUUUGUUUAUUUGUUUCUGGAGUGCCCAUCAUUUUGUACAGGAUGUAAAAGGUUCUAAGUAUAAAUAGAAGUGGUUAUCUUUGUGACCACUUAAAUAAUGUAAAUUAUGCUUUAAUUUUAUCAAUCAUGUCCAUCAAGUCUUUAUUAAAUCUUGAACAUUAUCAAA